GUGUGUGUAUAUGUGUAGAUUUCCCGUUCCCCUUCGGCUGGGUGACUGGUUACAUCGCCAUCCUGGUCGGAGCUGGAAUGACCUUCAUCGUCCAGAGUAGUUCUGUCUUCACCUCCGCUAUCACUCCACUCGUUGGUAUUGGUGUGAUCAGCAUCGAGAGGGCGUACCCUCUGUCGCUAGGGGCCAACAUCGGCACGACGACCACGGCUAUACUGGCAGCCAUGGCAGCACCUGGAGACACACUGGCCAACGCUCUGCAGAUCGCUCUGAUUCACUUCGUCUUCAACGUGUCUGGUAUCAUCUUGUGGUAUCCAAUCCCUUUCACCCGUAUCCCCAUCCGAUUGGCUAAGGCCCUGGGUGACAUCACGGCAGAGUAUCGCUGGUUCGCCGGCGUCUACAUCAUUUCCUGCUUCUUUCUCCUGCCCCUCUUCGUCUUCGGCCUAUCGAUGGCCGGCUGGAAGGUGCUGGUUGGUGUGGGCGUUCCCAUAGUGGCCUUGUUGAUCAUCAUCAUUAUAGUGAACGUGCUCCAGGCACGGCUACCCAGCUGUCUCCCCACGGUACUGCACUCCUGGGACUUCCUGCCUCUCUGGGCCCACUCCUUAGAACCCUGGGACGCGUGGUCGCCGUGGUAG